GGAAGCGUUCUGGCUGCUAUUCAUUCAGGCUGCAGCGAUUUUAGGCAGUCUUCGCUGAUCUUUCCGUCUCUGUCGGGCGGCUGAUAUACUUCUCCGUAGAUAGAUAGAAGGAGAGCAAGCAUGGCUGGUCGGCUGCCGGCUUGUGUUGUUGACUGCGGUACGGGGUACACGAAGCUCGGAUAUGCAGGAAACACAGAACCACAGUUCAUCAUACCUUCAUGUAUUGCCAUCAAAGAAUCAGCCAAGGUCGGAGACCAGGCCCAGCGUAGGAUGAUGAAGGGUGUCGAUGAUUUGGACUUUUUCAUUGGGGAUGAAGCCAUUGAAAAACCGUCAUAUGCAACGAAGUGGCCCAUCCGUCAUGGGAUUGUGGAAGACUGGGACCUGAUGGAGAGGUUUAUGGAACAGGUCAUCUUCAAGUAUCUGCGGGCAGAACCUGAAGACCAUUACUUCCUUUUAACAGAGCCUCCCCUCAACACACCAGAAAACAGAGAGUACACGGCAGAGAUCAUGUUCGAGUCCUUCAACGUCCCGGGUCUCUACAUUGCUGUUCAGGCUGUCCUGGCGCUGGCUGCUUCCUGGACAUCCCGACAGGUGGGAGAGCGGACGCUGACGGGGACGGUGAUCGACAGCGGAGACGGGGUCACACACGUCAUCCCUGUGGCUGAAGGCUACGUCAUCGGCAGCUGUAUCAAGCACAUCCCCAUCGCCGGUCGAGACAUCACGUACUUCAUCCAGCAGCUGCUGAGGGAACGAGAGGUGGGGAUUCCUCCGGAGCAGUCUCUGGAAACGGCUAAAGCUGUCAAGGAGCGGUUCAGCUACGUGUGCCCCGACCUUGUGAAGGAGUUUAGCAAGUACGACACAGACAGCACCAAGUGGAUCAAACAGUACACGGGCGUCAACGCCAUCACCAAGAAGGAGUUCACCAUUGAUGUUGGAUACGAGCGCUUCCUCGGGCCUGAGAUCUUUUUCCACCCUGAGUUUGCCAACCCAGACUUCACCCAGCCUAUCUCAGAGGUGGUGGAUGAAGUCAUCCAGAACUGCCCCAUUGAUGUCAGGCGUCCUCUCUACAAGAAUAUCGUGCUCUCUGGAGGCUCCACCAUGUUCAGGGACUUUGGCAGGCGCCUGCAGAGGGACGUGAAGAGGACCGUGGACGCUCGACUGAAAAUAAGUGAAGAGCUGAGCGGUGGGAAGUUGAAGCCCAAGCCCAUUGAUGUGCAAGUCGUCACUCAUCACAUGCAGAGGUACGCUGUCUGGUUCGGAGGAUCAAUGCUGGCAUCUACUCCUGAGUUCUACCAAGUGUGCCACACCAAGAAAGACUAUGAGGAGAUCGGGCCGAGCAUCUGCCGCCACAACCCUGUGUUUGGAGUCAUGUCUUAAGCACCAGAGAGAGAGAGCAUUCAGCGGAGGCAGAGGAGAAUGGGGGGAAGAAAAAAAAACAAAAAAACCGGAGGAUUGAAGACCUCACAUGCUGUGGAAGUCACAUCAGCCUUUGCACGGAUGCUCCGACAGAUCAUUCGGAUAGAGCUACAGCGGACCAAACAAACUGUCGAAACAGCGGCAGCAUCCUCACGAUUUAGAGGAAAGAGGUGACUCAACCCAAAGGAUCCUCAGAUAAAAUGUUUACUGCGAGUAGGCUAAUGAUGAUGAUAAUAAUAAUAAUAAUAAUAAUAAUAAUGAUAGGUGAUAAAUCUUUAAUUUCUGCGUGCCUCAUAUAUUUACUUACUCUAUCCUCACAGGGUUGUAAUAUGUAAUUAAUCAACAUGAGUCCUGUAUAAAUGCACUUCUGUGUAUAUGGGUUGGGAUCUCGCUGUGUUCUGUACUCUUUUAAAAAAAAAAAAAAAAAAAAAAAAAAAAAAAAAGAGCGCGUAGAGGUUGUUUCAAGAAACACAACAUGCUUUGCUACACUGUUACUGAAAAGCUUGGAGUCACUUUGAAGUAUUCUUGUUUUUGAAAGGAAAGCCCAUUUGUUGAUCAGAUAUGUUGAAGUAUGUCUCUAGGCGUAUGCAGGUCCAUUAUCAGCAACCCUGACUUGACACCCGGUGGCAGAUUGUGUUGCCUAAUACAAGUUUAAUCAUGUUAAAAGGCUGCCAGUCAUGUUUGCCUCCAACACUGAUCUAAGAAGCAAUACAUUUGGUUAUUUGGAUGUCUGGGGCAUCAGCCUCUGAGAUCAGUUACAGUCACAGUGGCAACAAAUAGGAGCCAGAGUGCUCUUGUUCUAAGAAAUGGAAGAUUUCACACAAUGGUGUAUACUACUCCUUCCAGGGAAAAGCUGAAUCUGGCUCUAGCCAAUAAGUGGGCAACUCCGGUACACAACUGACCUGGAACAAAUGCAUCAUAAGGUUGAGAUACACACAUCUCACAGGUCCCCAGCUGGCAGCAUUGUUGAAUGUGACCUCUAUGAGCCACGUUGUGCUGGUUUGAUGAGGGAGUAGUACACACUUUUGUAUGGAGACCUCAUUCUUUGGCAGUUUUUAUAGAACAAAAAGACUAUAAUAACUCAAAUGUAUUUCUUCUUUAAUCAGAACAGUUUUCAGCUUUUUUUAAAUGACCAGUCAUCCUUUUAGCAUAACAAAAUAUUCCACUGAGGAGGGGGGGGGCGCACAAGGCUUGCUGAAAAUGAGCCUUGCAUAAGCCUACAUUGAUAUUCUAGUAAUUCAAGGAGCCUCUGUAUGUGCAUGUGUUCUUGGCUUAUGUCAGCGACCGUUCAUCUGAUCCACUUGUUAUUUGCCGGGCGUCCUGCUGGGGCCCCAAAAUACGUGCAGUGAAGUAAUUUGGAUGAGCUGUCCUCACGAGGACAAAGUUGUCGCUGUCACCCACCAGCUACCAGUUGCCCGUGAGGUAUUUGGGGAACAUCUGUAACUAGCAGGCACUGCACCGCUUCCAUUAUGAUGAAUGGAUUACAUCUCUGAUCAGGUUCUUCUUGGAUUAGAUUAGAUUAAAAGGAAUGGGCUUCUUUUUCCCAAGAAUAACUUUUUCUAAGUGGUCCCAAAGUUUGGAGCAGCAGCCCUUCUUCAUAGCAGCUUUAUGAUCAUCAAAUGGGUGCAAACAUUUAAAAAAAAAAAAAAAAAAAGAGCAACCCUAACGCCAAACAUACUGACCAUUCCUUAACCCCCCCCCCCCCCUUUUUUUUUUUGGAUUAAACCUCAAUACCUGGAAGAAAUAUUUAUUUGAAUUCAUGUGUUCAUAUGCAUUUCUUCCAGGCUCCUACUGCAGCAUUGUGACAAAUCAUCACUGCUCCCCUCCCCUCCCCGUUAGUAUUAAUCAUCUCUUGAACAGCCUGUCUUGGAAGAAAGAGAAAAAAAAAAAGUUGUAUUAAUAUAUGAACAUGCAGUUUGAAUGACUGUUGUUGGACUGUCACUGUUGCCUAGAUCUCAGUUAUACUGGAUAGCCUUGUACUGUACCAAAUCUGGAUUUCAAUGCUGGCAUUCCAAUAAACGCCAAGGAGAUGUUUCUUCA